GUGAUAUCAAGGAAAGCCCUAAUGUUAUCAUGUGGUUUCAGGGUACUCCAAAUAUGUCUAUAAAAAUACCAGCAGAGAUCUUUUAUUUGCUAUUUGGACCUCUGGAGGUGGACAGAAAAUGCGCAGAGUGAGAGAUCAACAAGCAGGUCACACAUCAAAAAUGGAACGAAGUUUAAACUUUGUAUUACUGGGGAAAAAAGGAGCUGGGAAAAGUUCAUCAGGAAAUACAUUACUGGGACGAGAUGCUUUCAAAUCAAAGAAAAGCUUAAAAUUAGUCACACGAGAUGUUGCUGUUGAAUCUGAAACCCUCGAUAGACUGCAAAUCAAUGUUUAUGAUACUCCAGGAUUCUGUGACCCAGAGAUGAGUGAAGAUGAGAUUCAGCAGAUGAUCAAUGAAAAGGUUUUCCAGAAAUGUGAAUCUGGUCCCUGUGUGUUUCUGCUGGUCAUCAAAGCUGAAAGCUUCACUCAAGAAGAGAAAGAAACUGUGGAGAAGAUUGAGAAGCUGUUGGGAGAAAACCACUUUGAGAAAACCUGGAUUCUCUUCACCAAAGGAGACGAACUGGAGCAAGAAAACAUGACAAUAGAAGAAUUCCUUAAUGAGUUUGAACCCUUAAAGAAACUUGUUGAGAAAUACGACCAGAGAUACCAUGUGUUCAAUAACAAGAUAAAAAGUGACCAAUGUAGAAUCCUGCUUAUAAAAAUGAUCCAGAGAUCACUGGGGUUCAAGGCGUCAGAUGGAGGGAGGCUGCAGAGAAGGAUUCCUGCCAUCAGAGCAAAGACUCAUGAUGAUCAAAAGACUGUUCUCUCAUUCACAAGACUUGUUCUUAUGGGUAAAACUGGUGUUGGGAAAAGUGCAACUGGAAACACAAUACUGGGACAGAGAGAGUUUGAAUCUGAGUCAGGCAUGGGUUCAGUAUCACAUGAAUGUUUAGAGAAACACACCACUGUUUCAGGCAGGACAUUGACUGUAGUUGAUACUCCUGGAUUCUUUGACACAAACAUGAAACCUGAGCAGUUCAUGAAAGAGAUGGCGAGAUGUGUUUAUUUAUCCAGUCCUGGACCUCAUGCUUUUCUCAUAGUGUUUCCUGCAAAUCAAAGAUUCACUGAUCAGGAGGUGGAGACUGUUGACCAUAUUGAAAUAUUUUUUGGAGAGGAGGUGUCAAAAUACUCCAUUAUUCUCUUCACCCAUGGAGAUCUGCUAGAAGGAAAGUCCAUAGAGAAGAACAUUGCGCAGAACAGUAGAGUAAGACAUCUAGUUCAAAAAUGUGGAGGCAGAUUUCACAUCUUCAACAAUAAAGAUCAGAAUAACAGAAAGCAGGUGAAUGAUCUGCUGAAGAUGAUUGACACUAUGGUAGAGCAGAAUGGUGGAUACUACAGUAAUCAGAUGUUAGAGGAUGCUCAGAAAUUUAGACAAGAGCAAGAAAAGAGGAAACAGAAAGAGGAAGAGGAGGGAAAACAGAGAGAAGGGGACCAGGGAAAAGCAAUACAGUUAACUGGAAAUAACAGUGAAUUUGAGAAUUUUUUAAAGAACUAUGAACAUAGGUUCAUUUUUUCAGCUUUUGCAUUUGGUAAAUUAGAUAAAGUAGCUUUGGGAGCAGCUAUUUGUGGACUUACUGCUUUAAUUCUUAUGCCUGUUGGUCCAGUUUUCGCUGCAGGUGUUUGUGCAGGUGCAGCUGUUGGUGCAGGUGUUGGUGCAGGUGUUGGAUAUGUUUGGGACAGAUUACUUAAGUGAUUGGUUCCCAGGGUUCAAAAUCGUGUUCUGACAGAGACUGUCCACACAUCACCCCAACCCUCAACUCCUGAUCCAUGCUAUAAUUUAAAUGGUCAUUGCAUAUAUUUGUAUACAUUUCACUAUAGUUAUAUAGUGCAAAAAAUCACUGUUUCCUUAUAUUUUGCUAUUGUUACCUUCAUUUAAGAUAAGAAAAUUAGCUGAAAGCUGACAUAUACUAACUGAAGCAUACUGAAUGUAUUAAAUAAUUGGAACACACAUAACACACAUUAAUAAAACUUUUCAAAAGGUUUUAUGUUUUCUCUCCAUGCAUGACCCACAGUGGAAUCUAUUACACCAAACUAAAUAAAUGGCAUACAAUAGCUUAUAAAACAUAAUACCGGUAUUAUGUUUUAUUUUUGACCAUUUAUGUCCCUGUCAUACUGAAGCCUAACCCCAGCUUUAAAUCAGUAAAGUGUCUCAAAUCAUGCUCGAUCAUCUUCAUACAUUUACUCAUUUUCCUUACUGAAUUCCCUCUCUUUUUAUUGACUGUAAAGUCUGACUAUAACACAAGCUGAUAGUAGUUCAGGCUGUGAAGCAGCAUUUCAUUGGGUUGGCCCUACUGAAUAUGCCAUUUUACUGAACAAGAGUCUGUAAUUUGAGUUGUCAGUCUUUGGUCAGGUAAAUUACAGUGUCCAUCUUAUUUUAUUGGGAUCAGAAGAGCACAUCAGUCAUUGCAAUCAUCAGACCUGACAGUGACAGGUACUAAAGUGAAGGUUGAUAGGGUGUGGCGAUAUACGCUUAAAGAUGUGACAGAAUUCACAUACAGUGCUAGUGUUGUAAAUUGACCCAUUUGUUUCCUUUUUUCACAUUUAUUUUUCUUUGUACUAUAUUUCCCAAAUUUGAAAAAUUUGGCCAAAUUUGUAAUUUACAACACCAUAUAUGGUGCACUACAUUACCCACAAUUCCAUGAUGAAGGUCUAUAAAUAGACCUCAUUUCCUUUCUUUGUUCUUUUUGCAUUGGUGAGGUGUGGGUGUUUGAAUUGGACACCCAACCAUGUCCUUUGAGUCCCCAUGAAUCCUUAGGAUGUGUUAGGUAAGUUUGUUUUUGACAAUUGUGUGGUUUGAAUUUGUUUAUUUGUAUUAUUUGGAUUGGGUUUAAUAAUUAUCUUGGAUUGAAUAUAUAUUGUUAAUGUUUAUUUAAGAAUUGUUUGUAUGAGUCUGAUUUACUUUUGUUGGUUUGUAGUGACUAAAGACCAUCUUGUUCACCCCAUUCUGUUAAUCAUGGCCCUUCUUUUAACAUCUGUGAUGUGAAUUUGCUCCCUGUAUUUCCAUGUGCUUUGGGUCAUUCAAAGAAUUCAAGACUUAAGCAUCCUGAACUCAAUAAAUUAAAGAUUGUAAGGACUA